UUUUCCUGCAGUUGGGUGUGCCUGGAUGUUAGUGUCAGAAUAGCACCUGAGAAUGAUAUGGCCGCUUAGAAUGAUAUAGUUGUUCAGAUGUAUGUUGGUAUGAAGUGCGAAAGUAAACUUUCAUGUAAGUAUCAUAGAUCCUCUUGAAAAUGAGGAGACGUACCGGAUGCGGAUUAUACAAUUACCGUAACUACAAGAAGGAAGGAAGAAAUGCGAAUGAUUACGUACGCAGUGACAGAGACUCUGUUGGUGGUACAGCUGCAAACAGUUAUGACAGGAGAGUGGGACAUGGGAAGGGAAGAGGAAGGCCGGCUGGACUUAGAGGAAGAGAGAUUGGUUUAUAUUAUCGGGACAAGGCACGAGCUGAGAAGCAAACAAUUCGCAUUGGAGUCAGCCUUGAUUCAAGAAAGGAGGAAAAAAUCAGGAAGUUAUUGAAUUCUAUUGAUAAACCUGACUUCUUUCGUGAUAAGAAAUGUGAUGUGAAUUCCAAAACAAAGGUUGUAGGUGUUUCUGGUAAUUGUUAUUUUUCGCUAGAUGAGAAACCCAAAGUAAAGGUUGAACCAAGGGAUCAAGUUGGAGAAGGUUCUGCUAAUCAAGACUUUUCCAUGGAUUUGAAACGUGAAAUAAAAUUGGAACCACAUGAUGAGUACGGAGAAAUUUCAGGAGAAAAUACACAUUUUACAAGGACAUUAAAUACUACCGAUAGUGACGUAAAGCCUGGACCAAGUAACUGUAACAAGCAUGGAAGUUCUGCUGCAGAUAGAUACAGUCACAUUGGUGAGAGUUCUUUCAAACGCAAGUUUUUACAGAAUAUAACAGGAAACAUUGCAGCAAAUCUAGAACGUUCACUGCUAGUGGGAAAAUUUUUGGCACAGGACAAAGAAUUGGAUGAACUUUUUAAAAUGAGACUGCUUGCUAAACAAGACACCAAGCACUACCAGAAGAUGAUGGCAUUUCGGCGGAAGUUGCCAUCAUUUGCAAUGAAGGAUCAGAUUUUAGAGCUUGUGGAGCAGAAUCAGAUUGUUGUCAUUAGUGGAGAAACAGGAUGUGGCAAAACCACCCAGGUAGCACAGUUUAUUCUUGAUGAUUACAUCAUGAAGGAUAAAGGGUCUACAUGUCAUGUUAUAUGCACACAGCCUCGCAGAAUUAGUGCCAUGUCGGUAGCAACUCGAGUAGCCGAGGAGAGGUAUGAAGUUUGUGGACAAGAGAGUGUGGGGUACCAAAUUAGACUGGAAAGGAGGAUACCACGUACAAAGGGUUCUAUAGUGUUCUGCACUACUGGUGUAAUGCUUCAGCGGAUGCAGACUGAUCCAGCCCUUAGAGAAGUGUCUCAUCUUGUUUUGGAUGAAAUCCAUGAACGUGAUGUUAUUUGUGACUUUGUUAUCACAAUUCUCAAGGAUGUAAUUCAGAAGAGGCCAGACUUGAAAGUCAUUUUGAUGAGUGCCACUUUAAAUGCUAAGCAGUUUGCUAAAUAUUAUGGUGACUGUCCCUGUAUGAACAUACCAGGCUUUACCUAUCCAGUAACAGAGUACUACCUGGAGGAUGUCCUAGAGAUGACCAGGUUUGAGAUUAAACCAUCAAGAGAACUUCAUGUUCAUGGAUGGAGGAAGCAUUUGAAGCCCUUCAAGGCAGAGAUUCAAAAAGUGGAGAAGUUCAGAGAUUUCAUUGAGCCAUAUUUGAGGCAUCUUGUAUCAGAAGGUAAAUAUUCAUCACGUGUGUUGGAGAUGUUGAAAAAUCCUUCAUCAGAAGAUAUCAAUUUGGAUUUAAUUGCUGCUUUAAUUCAUCACAUAUGUAUCACAAAGGAUGAUGGUGCAAUCUUAGUUUUCCUGCCUGGUUGGGAUAAGAUUUCUAGUUUGCACAAGCUGCUUAAUGAAAAUGUCAGUUUCCCAUCUUCUCGCUAUUUGAUCAUUCCACUCCAUUCACUCAUGCCUACAGUGAUUCAGAAGUCUGUGUUUGACCAGCCUCCGAAAGGUGUGCGUAAGAUCAUCAUUGCUACAAAUUUAGCUGAAACAUCUAUUACAAUUGAUGAUGUUGUAUAUGUAAUAGAUUGUGGUAAAAUUAAGCUGAAGAAUUUUGAUGUUGAGAAUAACAUCUCAACUCUGAAAGAAGAAUGGGUGAGCUUAGCCAAUUCAAGACAAAGGCGAGGGCGUGCAGGCAGAGUGCAGCCAGGGGAAUGUUACCAUCUGUAUACAAGGGCAAGAGAGAUGGCUCUGGCAGACUACCCACUUCCUGAGAUGCUGCGGACUUGUCUGGAUGAGGUUAUCUUGCAGAUCAAGAUACUGCAGUUGGGAAAAACAAAAAUGUUCUUAGAGAGAGUGAUGGAUCCUCCAGAUCCUCGUGCAGUUGAAUUGUCAAUUAAGUUACUGGAGAACCUAAAUGCUUUAGAUGCAGAUGAGAACCUCACACCCUUGGGUUUCCACUUGGCCAGAUUACCUCUCGACCCACAGACUGGGAAGAUGAUUCUGAUGGGUGCCCUCUUCAGCUGUGUCGACCCAAUCUUCUCUGUUGCCGCAAGCCUCAGUUUCAAAGAUGCUUUUCAUGUUCCAUUGGGUCGUGAGGCAGAUGUAAAUCGGAAGAAGCUGCAUCUUUCCAAGGGAUUGAAAAGUGAUCAUUUAGUCCUGGCUGAGGCACUUAAACAGUGGGAAGCAGCUGAACAAAUGAGAAGAGGGCAUGAGUUCUGUUGGGAAUACUUCCUUUCGCCCAACACGCUUUCAUUACUCAGAGACAUGAAGGGCCAGUUUGCUGAACACCUUCAUGAAAUGAAUUUCCUUAGCAGCAGGGAUCCAAAAGCUGAAGAUUCAAACAUCAACUCGAACAAUUCAAGCCUUGUGAAAGCCAUUAUCUGUGCUGGUCUCUAUCCCAAUGUUGCAGUUGUACGGUCUGUCAAGAGAAGCAACAGGACAGGACAAGUUGUUGUCACAUUAACAACACCUGAGGAUGGGAGAGUUUGCAUUCACCCUCGUUCCAUUAAUGAGAAGGAGACCGAAUUUGAAAGUCCGUUGCUCUUGUACCACUUGAAACUAAAGAGCACAUCUAUCUAUCUGCAUGAUACAACAAUGGUUUACCCUCUGCCACUCCUCUUCUUUGGACAAGGUGUGGAUUUUUUUAUUGAAGAUGGUGUUGAAACAAUUGCUGUUGACAAGUCAUUACACUUCAAGUGUAAGGAACGCACUGCAAACCUAGUCAAGGAAUUGAGAACAAGGCUGGAUCGGCUCUUGGAGUAUAAGAUCACGCAUCCUGGGACCAUUAAUUGGAGCUGUUACAGCAAUGAAGGGGCAGUCCUCAGAGCCAUUAUUGAGCUGAUCACAUCAGAAGAUAAACAGAAGAUGUUUUUGGAGCAAGAAGGUGAUGAAAAUUUUUCAGACUGAGAAGUUAUCAGCGUUUUCACACUGGUAUAAAGUCAACAUUUCAGCCAAAUAUCGAUGUUUAAAUAUAUAGGAUUUGAGGUUAUUGCAGUGGUGUCUGAAGAUGACUUUCUUCUGGGUUGUUGCGCCAUGUAGUCUGUUAGAAGUUUGCCGACGUUUCAGAGGUCCUUGCUUAUUGCCAUGAUGGUGGAGGCAGCGAGAAUCUCUGAAACGUCAGUGAACUUCUACCAAACUACAAACACAGCAAUCCAGAAGAUAACCAUCUUGAAGUAUAAAGUUCUCUUGCACACUUGAUAAUUUUCUCCCCACUAGAUUUCAUAUUUGUUUGUGCUAUACAAACAACAUGUGAUUUGCUGAAGACUGUUUUCAUGACUUGCCAGUAACCUGAUGGUGUUUCAGAAAAUGUUGCAUUUUUUUAAAUAAUGUUAGACAAAUGAGUUCUAAUGGAUGAUAAGUAGUAGAGAAGUAACAGUGUACUAGAAUAGUAUAAGACCAAACAUGGAGAAUAAACGGUAUCCUACAGUAGUGUUUAAA